AAAUGGAAUCAUAAGCUGCUGAGAAGGCCUGUGGCUAACGUUUAUGGGACAGAACAAGAGAUCAAAUGGAGGCUCCAGCUAUUUUUUGUCUCACUCCGACUCCGUCCUGUGCCUUGAGAGCUCCCCCAUGGUGGCAUCCUAAACUCCUCCCUGAGUGGAGGAGGGCAAGGGAGCCAGGACACAAAGUGAAGGGAGGAAGCAUGGAGUGACUCUGGAGGGACAAGUGGAAGAUACUCAGCACAACCAACACUACGUAACAUAUCAGGCAGAAUUUGAUCAAAAGAGGAUGCCCCAUGGACCCAGACAAACCUGAUUUCACAUCCUGGAUCUGUAAGUAUCAGGAGCUAGGCCAGUAUAAAGUGAGAGGACGCCCGGCCGCCCCGCCCGCCAGCUGCAGCCCCUACCUGGCACCUUGGUCACUCCACCCACUGGAUCCCAGAGAGCCCCUAGCUCCAUUGCACCAUGUGUGGGAUUUGGGCCCUCUUUGGCAGUGAUGACUGCCUUUCUGUUCAGUGUCUGAGUGCUAUGAAGAUUGCACACAGGGGUCCAGAUGCAUUUCGCUUUGAGAAUGUCAAUGGAUACACCAACUGCUGCUUUGGAUUUCAUCGGUUGGCCGUGGUUGACCAGCUAUUUGGAAUGCAGCCAAUCCGAGUGAAGAAAUAUCCUUAUUUGUGGCUUUGUUACAACGGUGAAAUCUACAACCACAAGAAGAUGCAACACCAUUUUGAAUUUGAAUACCAGACCAAAGUGGAUGGUGAGAUAAUCCUUCAUCUUUACGACAAAGGAGGAAUUGAGCAAACAGUUUGCAUGUUGGAUGGGGUGUUUGCAUUUAUUUUGCUGGAUACUGCCAAUAAGAAAGUGUUCCUGGGCAGAGAUACUUAUGGAGUCAGGCCUUUGUUUAAAGCCAUGACGGAAGAUGGAUUUUUGGCUGUGUGUUCAGAAGCUAAAGGUCUUGUUAACUUGAAACACUCCACAACUCCUUUUUUAAAAGUGGAGCCUUUUCUCCCAGGACACUAUGAAGUUUUGGAUUUAAAGCCGAAUGGCAAAGUUGCAUCAGUGGAAAUGGUCAAAUAUCAUCACUGUAGAGAUGAGCCCCUGCAUGCGCUCUAUGACAAUGUGGAGAAACUCUUCCCAGGUUUUGAGCUAGAAACUGUGAAGAACAACCUCCGGAUCCUUUUUGACAAUGCCAUAAAGAAACGCUUAAUGACAGACAGAAGGAUUGGCUGCCUUUUAUCAGGGGGCUUAGAUUCCAGUUUGGUUGCUGCCACCCUGUUGAAGCAGCUAAAAGAGGCUCAAGUACAGUACCCUCUCCAGACAUUUGCGAUUGGCAUGGAAGACAGUACUGAUUUACUCGCUGCUAGAAAGGUGGCAAAUCACAUUGGAAGUGAACACCAUGAAGUCCUCUUUAAUUCUGAGGAAGGCAUUCAGGUCCUGGAUGAAGUCAUAUUUUCCUUGGAAACUUAUGAUAUUACAACAGUACGUGCUUCAGUAGGUAUGUACUUAGUCUCCAAGUAUAUUCGGAAGAACACAGAUAGUGUGGUGAUCUUCUCUGGAGAAGGUUCAGAUGAGCUUACGCAGGGUUACAUAUAUUUUCACAAGGCUCCUUCUCCUGAAAAAGCCGAGGAGGAGAGCGAGAGGCUUCUGAAGGAACUCUACUUGUUCGACGUUCUGCGGGCAGAUCGCACUACUGCUGCCCACGGCCUUGAAUUGCGCGUCCCUUUCCUGGAUCAUCGAUUUUCUUCCUAUUACUUGUCUCUGCCCCCAGAUAUGAGAACUCCCAAGAAUGGGAUAGAAAAACAUCUCCUGAGAGAGACAUUUGAGGACUCCAAUCUAAUACCUAAAGACAUUCUCUGGCGGCCAAAAGAAGCAUUCAGUGAUGGAAUAACCUCGGUUAAGAAUUCCUGGUUUAGGAUUUUACAGGAAUAUGUUGAACAUCAGGUUGAUGAUACAAUGAUGGCGACUGCAGCCCAAAAAUUUCCCUUCAAUACUCCUAAAACUAAGGAAGGCUAUUACUACCGUCAAAUCUUUGAACGCCACUACCCAGGCCGGGCAGACUGGCUGACCCAUUACUGGAUGCCCAAGUGGAUCAAUGCCACGGACCCUUCUGCCCGCACUCUGGCCCAUUACAAGUCAGCCGCCAAAGCCUAGGCACCAUCUGAGCUAUCCAGUGAAAGGAGACAUUCCUCCUGUGAUGAGUAGGGGGCUUGGGGGCAGGAGGGGGAGCAAUGAGCAUCAACCAUUCCGGCUUGUUGGGCAUGGAAAAAAAUAAAAGUCUUGAAUCUGA